AUGCACCGCAACAUGGAAAUUCGUCACAUGGCGUUCCACCUGGAAACGUUGGCGCACAUCCUGGACACCAGCGAAGGUUGGCGUGACUUCCUGUACCUGAUACCGCGGAACCUGGACGACCUGUUGAAGGAAGACCCGUACUACCCGCUCAAGUACACCGGAUUGAACGAAAGCAUACUCGAAACCGAAAGCCAGAAACGCAACUUGUCUCCCUCCAAGCUGCUGCUGGAAGAGUGGGGUAUAUCCGGCCAGGUGCGCCCGACCGUCGAUCAUUUGCUGAAGCUGCUGGUGCGCGCAAACCAGAUACGGGCGGCCGAAUAUUUAACCACACUGCUGAAGGAACAACCUCCCGCCCGGCCCAAGGACGGCCCGGGGGCACCGAUUGACGUGACGCUGCCGGAAGAUCAUCAGACGGAAUCACUGCUCAACGGUAUCAGCUACCCGAGCAGCACCAUCCUGCUGCACCAUGUGGAAUCGAUCACGAUCGGCAACAACAGGGACUAUUACGACAAAUUGGGACCGACGAAGCGGGUCGAAAUUAAGGAUAAAUCGUCGGUGAACGUGGAUGGCGAGCUGCCAGUGUUUUCGUCCAGCAACAACAAUACAAAAUCGGGUUCCGAUUCGUCCGACAUACGAAACCCAGCAAUGAUGGAUCGCUAUCCAGACCAGCUGCCUGGGCCUUCGAGGCCAAGCAAAGCGGCAGCGAAAGCACCACCCACAGAUGCUACUCCGGAUGGUCCGCUGUCAUCGAACGGACUGCCAAUGAUUUCGGCACUGGGCAUAACGUCUGGUCAGCCGGAAUCAUCCAAGCUGCAAAACAAUCGCAACUAUGACUGUGCGAGCAAGGAAAUCAACGGACCGCAGAUUCCCGAUCUUUCAAUAUUUGGUCGAGAGGAGAGCGAACGAAAGGAAGUGAACGGACCGCAGGUUCCCGAACUAUCCAUCUUUGGCCGAGAGGAGAGCGAACGAAAGGAAGUGAACGGACCGCAGGUUCCUGAACUAUCCAUCUUUGGCCGACAAGAUAGCGACAGUAAGGAAGACAAUGGAGCUCCCGUAGAACACCGCGAAGACAUUCCGGCCUUGUCGGCGUUGCUGGGCGGUUCUUCCGACGCACAUCAAACGCAAUCCAACAGCACAAACAACACACAUGACAGUAUUCCAAUGCUAUCGAUGCUUGGCUCGGACGGCAGCACCUCCGAUACGCUCGGUAGCGAAAGCAGCUCUUCAGCGAUCGUACCGCAAGUGGACGAGUCCGUUAGCGAUUUCAUAAAGUUUUCCACGUCCCCAGUAGUAGCGGUAUACGCAUACGACCAUCUUCGCGAGGUCACGGACGGAUUCAACGUGGCGCCCUAUACAAACGGCAAUCUUGCCGCACCCAACGGGCGCUCGCUCGGUGCGGGAGGAUUCGGAGCAGUAUUUUUAGCGCUCAAUCUCGCGCCAUCCAUUCCCGUGGCCGCGGUUAAGCGGCUCGAUCCCGACAAGUACAAAUUUCGGGAAAAAUUUCACCUAGAGCUAGACAUUCUCUCGAAACAUUCGCACCCGAAUGUGGUCAGCCUGCUGGGCUCGAGCUCCGAUGGGCCCCAGCUGUGUCUGGUGUACGAAUACCUGAAGGAUGGCAAUUUGGAGGCAGCUUUAUCACUAGUGCGAACCGGCCAGCGACAGAUGAGCGCCACCGUUCGUCUACAGUACCUAAAAGACAUCGCCAAUGCGGUAGCAUUCCUUCACGAGCGAGCCAAAAUCAUUCACCGCGAUGUGAAGUCGGCAAACAUUUUGCUGGACGGGCCGGUCGCAAAGCUGUGCGACUUUGGGCUGAUCAAGCGCACCAGCUCGCGCACCACCACGAGCAUUAUCGGCACGAACGCGUACAUGGCACCGGAGGCGGUGCGGGGCGACGUGUCGCCAGCUUUGGACAUUUUUGCGUUCGGCAUCGUGGUUGCGGAAACGGUCACCGGCGAACCCGUGCUGGCGGAGAAGGAAUCUCGCAGCGAAAUCGACCUGGCGGGCUACGUAUGCCGUCAGCGAGCCGAAGGACGGGAUCUGGGCUUGCUCGUCGAUAGGCGGGCCGCGGUGGGCAGAGACGGCGAAGCUCGCUGGUAUGAGGCCGGGCGAAAGCUGCUGGAGAUUGCGAUCAAGUGCAUGGGCGAAAAGUGGAGCCGACCGAACAGUGGUGCGCUGGCCGACGCGGUAGCCGGCAUACAAUUGGUGCCUUUAUAAAUUGCAUUGAAAACGGCGGAUAAAAAAGACAAAGGGUGCGACGUAAAGUGAGCAAAGCGAGCAAUCAUUAGUGCAAUAGGAUGCAUGGCAAUAAUUAGCAUUAAGCAGGUUACCAAUAAUUUUUGCUCAACAAAUAAUCAUUUAAAUGCACAAAAAAUACUCUUACCGGCAAAGGCGAACAGAUAAGUUUUGCUGUGCCUUUUUCUAUAGCUUCUAACAACACUUUAACACAUUCCGGUAAGAUAGCACGGCCUGUCCAAAAUGCAUGCUUGGAACGCAAACAUAUCAAAGAAUCGUUUUAAAAAUGGAUUCGCGUGAUUAACAUUCAAUUUUAUUCUUACUGAAACAAUGCAACACACAAACAGCAAAGGUAAAAUAAUCUUUAAUAAGCCUUUUACAUUAAAUCAAAUGUAAACAACGCUAAUGGGUUCGUCGCUUGUGGCGAAUAAACGAAACAGUUACAAGCAGCACUGCUGACCGUUACAUUUGAA